AAAGCCUCCACAAUUCAAUUCUACUGCCAAAAGGAGCUCCCAAUCCCCACCUGCCCUGCCACAGAGCCUUUCCAUGCAGGAUUCAACAAGCACUUUGUGUGCUUAUGAUUGUGUUACCUCCAGGUAGUCCUUCAGGGAUUAGGAUAACAAUUUUCACAGGAUUUUAAGGAAAGAUUAUUAAGCCUGUCUACUCAAAGUUUUUCACAAAGUGUUUAUUAAGAAGUGGCAAUAACUUCCAGUGUUAUAUAGGCUCUGAAGAUAAUAAUUUUUGUCAUGAGAAAUCAGACUUGGUGGAUGAUGGUGUGCUUAAAAUGAGACAUGACCUUUAGAUGUUGCAACUGAAUGAAGACCAGCCAAACCUGCUGGAGGUCAGCAUCCAUAAUGCAGGGGCUCUGCUGGCAUGUGGCAGCAAAGAUGGGCCUGGGAUUUCUAUGUCUCUUUCUGGUUUUCAGCACAGCUUCGUGCCUAAGAAAAGAAAAUAAGAAAGAGAAGCAAUUGGCAGUGCUGGCUACUGCAGAGCUGCCUGCAAAGUCCCUGGACCUGGCUGCUAUUAACCUGACAGAGCUGGUGAAUGGGAUGCUGAGCACUGCACUCAGAGGUACCAAGAAACUCUUCUCAUUGCUGAGCAUCACCUCUUACAGCUCGUUUGCCUUCCACAAAGUGUCAGUCACCAUUUACAACAUCUCUAAUGCAAAAAAUAUUGACCCUGGCAAGUUCCCUAUGCACUACUGCUACUGUUUGAAUAAUGUGACAAAUGACUUGACAGAUUUUACAGCUCUACUUGUUGAUAUCAUUGGAAACUCCACCAGUUAUCUCACAGAAAUUUUCAAAUCCACUUCUAUUCUCUCAGUGCGUCAGAGCAAUGACUCUGAUUGUAUCUACAUCUGUUUGAUGGCAGGGCAGACAGGGAAAAAUCUGUCUGAAUUUUUGGAAAUACUAGAUAAGUCUCCUGUUAUUAAUUACACAUUUUCCAGUAACACAUCAUCUGACCUGGACCUAGAUUCGAUUUUCUCAAGUUUCGUGAAAUUGCAGGAAGACCCAAACAAGACACUGGAUUCAUCAGCAGAAUAUGUGUGGACAUUUAAAUCUACCAGGAUCCCUCUUGCCCAGAAAGGAGGGGGAAUCCCCACCACGAAGUUCCCGCUGUGGCCAAAGACAGUUGGAGCCAAAGGAUCGUGGUUUCCAUCACCCCACGUGGAUGCUCCCCAGCCCCAAGGCAUGGCCAGACCCCCCCUGAGCCCUGGGGGGAGCUUGGCCCCAUCACCAGCCCUGCAGCCCAGCCCCACAGACACGUCCAUGUUUUGGAUGCAGACAGUGUCUCCACAAGAAGCCAGCAAACUGAUGCAAACAGAGCCAGAUUUGCCUUCCACAGUACUGUCUCUGCCACCUUCCUACCGACCUGGUGUGACUCUGAAACUUUACUCAGCUACCAGGUGCCCACAGGCAAUGCUCAGAGAGCCCCGUGUGACCUCACCUCCUGUCACCCUCAUAGUGCAGAAGAUCAACCCCUGUGUGAUGGAGCUCUGUAGGUUCUUUCAGCUGUGCCUCUGUGUUGGUCAGAGAAGAUAUUCCAGAAAGGAAGCCAUGAGAUACUGUGUUGAAUACUAUUCCUGGUUUGUGAAAAAUGCAAGUUAUGUCUGCGAAAGAGUCAAAAGAGUUGCUUACUCCCACACAUUAAAGCAAAAAUGCCUUAAAAACAUCUGUACAUCAGUUUAGCGCACUGGGAAAUUUUACUGCAAGUUGGAAGACUGGUGGCAGUUUUAGUUUUCUUUUUGAUUUCUCAGUGUAAAAAUCAGAAACCA